AUGGCAGCAAGGUCUAGACAAGCUGCAUUGGAUGAGAUUCAGGGAGCUUACCGGAAGCAGUACAAAAGGAUUGCUGACUACUGCUCCGAGCUGCUACGUGCUAAUCCAGGGUCCUCAGUGAUGCUCAAGGUACAGAGGUCCCCUGAUUUUGAGGUUGAGGACCAGCACCAGGGGUUAAACAAUUACUACAUUUUUCAAAGGUUGUUGACAGUGAUUGGGUGGGAUCCCAAUGAUCAAAUGCUUCCAAUUGCCUACGCCGUUGUGGAGGCAGAGACUAAAGACACCUGGAAGUGGUUUCUCCAGCUGCUCAUUGACGACUUUGGAGCUGAGGUCAUUGGGAAAACAACCUUCAUGUCUGAUCAGCAGAAGGGUCUCUUACCUGCUUUCGAUGAAGUUAUUCUAGGAGUGGACCAUAGGUUCUGUGUCCGCCAUCUUUACAAUAACUUUAGGAAGAAAUUUCCUGGGUUACACCUGAAGCAGCUGAUGUGGAGGUGUGCAAAGGCUACACACUGGAAGGAAUGGGAGAAAGAGAUGCAAAUCAUAAGGCAGAUCAACGUGGAUGCGCACAGACAUCUAAACACUAUUCCUCCAAGAUUUUGGAGCAGGUCCAGGUUUAAUUUUCACUCUAAAUGUGACACUCUUGUGAACAACAUGUGUGAGAGCUUUGAUAGUGCAAUAGUAGACUCUAGGGAGAAACCUAUAGUGUCAAUGUUGGAGGACAAUAGGGUUUAUUUGAUGAGUAGGUGGGCUCUUAAUAGGAAAAGAAUUAAGAACUUUAAUGGGACAGUUUUACCUCGGAUUAGGCUGAAAUUAGAGAGGAAAGGCAGAUCAGCUGGUGAGUGGAGGCCUUACUGGUCUGCUGCACAAACAUAUGAGGUUGUUAAUGUAGCCAGUCCCACUUGUCUAGGAGGGGACAAAUCCAAAGGUGCUCAAACUGUGGUGAAUCUGGACAUAAGAGGGGAGGAUGAAAGAAGCCAUCCCUGGAUGCCCAACAACCAAGGCAAGUUGCUAGCAAAAGGACCAGAGGAGGAAGGAAGCCUUCAUCUAUCAAACCUAAAGCCAGAUUUAAGGCUUCAUCCCAGCCUGACAUGUCAUCUGCAAGUUGAGGUUUAA